ACAUAGGAAUCAAUGAUAAUCUUCGUUGGCUAUCUAUGUGACUAUACAUAUGAUUAUAAGUACUGAUUGUGAUUAUACAGGACUUGUAUUACAAUUAUGUGUUACGGAAUGCAUUAUUUGUUUUAAUCGUGAACGAAGAUUUCGCAUUUCUUACGGUUUUCACUGGUUUCGUUAAAGAAAAUUUGGGAGAGUGUUUAAAUUGAUUACGGUUGUACAGACCUCCGACUUCAUUCUUGUAAACAUUGUGUUUGGAUUUAAGAAAGCAAUAUAGUAUUGUUUUUUCCGUGCGUGAAAUCUAUUCAGAUCUAAUUUACGUGAGAUAUUCGAUUAACGAAGCGUCGCAGAAUAUGUCAAAGCUUGAAUAAUGCGUAUCUUUCAUUGGAAUCUGUAUGGUAUGGACACGACAGCCCUGGCUGGACAAUCCAUGGUUCAUUAAAUAAUUGGGACAAUCUUGAUGUUUUACCAUGGAACAAAUAGAUGAAGUGAAAAGUGAUAUUAAUAAAACAAACUCAUUAAUAGCGACAGAUGUUGAUAAAGAAUUAAAUACAGAUGAUGUAAAAGAUGUGGCUCAUGUUCCACAAGAUUGUACAGACAAUACAACUCAGGAUCCUUCAACAUUAAACAAAUGUGAUAUAACAGACUCAGUGAAAGAAGAUGAUGAAGUGAUAGAAACCACAGACAAUGAUGUGAUCAAUGAAGCAGAUAACAAUGAUCCAUGCAUCACAAAUGAAGCAAAAGAAAAACUUCAAAUAGAGGAUGUAAAUCAAUUAGCGGAAGUAAAAGUUCAGAGUAAUUCUGAGUGUACACCAGAUGCAAUUUUGGAUGAAGAUGGUAAAAAGAUGCCCAACAAUGUUGAGACGGAACAAAAUAUUGAGGAACAAAAUGAUUCUACGGUGAUGAAUAUAAAUGCUGCUGAUGACACUAACGCGCAGUGUCAAGCAUUAAUUAAAUCACUUAGCCAGACUUUUGAAGAUAAGGACCAAUCGUUGCAAGCCACAGAUGCAGAUUUAUCGAAACUGGUUGACGGUAACUCGGAAGUGAUGGUGCUGACUGUGGAAACUAUCAAUGAUUCAAAUGAGGCCACGGAACAAAAUAUUGUUGUGACUGUUCAUGAAGAGGAUCCCUUAGCAGGCAAUCAGAGUGUUGUUUCUGUAAAACACAAGGAGAUGAAGGAAACAGAUGUGGUCAAUGAAGAAUUUAAUUUAAUAGAGAAUGAUGGAACCAUAAUAGAAGUGAUUGCGACAGAGAUUGUAGAUACAGAAAUUCCUGAUGCUCGUACUCAGGAGAAAAGGCAGGAUGUAAAUCACACUGAUUCAGAAAAAGAUUCCGUAACUUCUACUACUCCAGAAGUGGUUAACAAUCCAGAGGUUGUAGAUGAUACUAGUAUUAAAGACGAAAGCAUGCAAAAGGACUGUAGAAAGAGGUAUGAAGAGAAGUCGAUCGGAAAGAGUAAGAAAAUCAAGACUGAAGUUUGUGAUAGCCUACAUAAGAUUAAUAUGAAAAAAGAAAUUACUUAUGAUACAAUUGUCUCGCCUGCACCUAAAGAUAAUGCGAAGGAAGGAAAUUUAUUUACAAGCGAAACGAACAAAGUGAGCCCGAUCAAGAAAAGAAGCGUGAUUCAAGAUAUUUUUGAUGACUGGGGCGACGAGAAUACAGAAGACGACAAUCAUUCUGUAUCCAAAGCACCGGACACCGUGGAGAUAGAACUGAAAAGUCUGCUGAAUGAAACGAAGUCGCAAACAAUCGAAGAGGGUACAGUUGUAUUGGUCGAAGAAGAAAUCACCUGUAUCGAGAAGGAAUCUGUCGAGGAAGUGGAAAGUAUUUUCGAAGCUGUUAAAGAAGAGAAGAAAUCACGAAUGCCAAAAGACGAACAGGAUGACAGCCAAAAUGUGAAGAAACAACAUAGUCAAAGUAGUAUAAUAAAGUCACUCAAGGACAAAGUUAAUUUAUCUAUGUCGCAAAGUGUUGGGAAGUCUCCGAACGACACACCGGUCAGUCGUGGCCGUAAUUUAACGAGUCAAAUAGCAUCGUCAGCGGAAGUAACGAAAGCGCUAAAAGAACGACUUCGUGAGAAACAGAAGAUGGAACCUCUGCAGCCCGAUAUAUUUUUUGUUAAGAAACUAACGCAGAGAUUGUCAAGCAAAUUAACUGGUGGCUCGGGGAGUGUCUUGCCGGCGCUUAUACCAUUGUCUCAAUCUCCUAACUGUGAUAAGAAAGCGACAGAAGAUCUAAGCGACACGGACACCGGUAAAGAAAGUAACGCGGACAAUAAGGAAUUGCUGGCAAUACUGGAAGGCGAUGUUGAUCCUGACUGGUCUAAUUUGAAACCACCAACUUUGACAGAAGAAGGAAAACGUCCGGUGAAAGUCGAUCAAAGUGGUUACAAUACACCGCCAAAACUCGACCCCUUGGUCGAAAGGGAACUGGCGUUGAAACAACUUCUGGAAUUACCGGUUGCAACAGGUAAAAAUGCGAAAAAGAAGAAACCAGUUAAACCUACGCCUAGUAAAGCGUCCAAAGAAGUAAAGGCAAAGCCAACUGACGCAGAGAAGGACUUCGUGAAACAGGAAGUUGAAAUUGAUACGAUAAAUGACCCUAACGAAUCUGCGGAAGAUUCAAGUUCUAAUCACGUUUCAGCAACUGUCGAAUGUCACACUGGAGAGGAGAGCACGGAGGCGCAAGAUGCACGAUUAGAUGAGUCGAGAUCGGGUAGAAAACGAAAACCCACAGAGAAGGCCAGAGAGCAUGAAGAACAACAAAGUAUUGUGAAACGGCAAAAAGUAUAUAAAAGCAAAGUACCGUCACCUAAAAAAUUGCCUCCGCAAGCAAAUGAAGUACAAGUUGAUAAUGAUUCAGCAACCGAGAAUCAUGUACCUAAGGAGACUAAUUUACCUGUGAAUGAAAAAGAAGUUGAUGAUGCGAAGACGGACAAACAAAUCACAAAUAAUAAUAAUAAAGUGACGUCGAAGCCUCCAAAACAAAAUCUCAAUAAAAAAAAUCCUUCUAUGCCCAAACGAAAUAUAGUGGUGAAAAAGAUAUUAAGGCAAAACAUGCCUUCGAACAAAAAGCCCGCUGCUUUGAAAUCAAAAUUGAAUGCCUCGCCGAAGAAAUCAGGAUCGAAGGCAGCCUCGAAAUCCAAGAAAGCUACGAAGAAUAACAGUGGAGAAAGCAAACCGAAGAAGAAGUUUAUAAACGAAAUAGACAGAUUACUUCUGGACGAGGGCGUUGUGAAUUUACUGUACGAGGUGGAGCAAUCUGAUAAGAAGAAAUUACUUUCGAAAUCUCAAACGAAGCAGACCUACAUGGACCUACAAAAGGUGCAACGCGAACUUAAGCUUAGGAAGAAGUUAGUACGUAACGCCGUAUUAAGAUUACGGACAUCGACGACCGAUGUAUCGAAAUCUCCACGAUCUAAAAGAGCUGCGGUGUACGUAAGCGAUGGACCAGUGGAGAAGAAGGUCAGUGAUCAAGGUCCAUUGCCGAAGCCACCGACGAAUUUACCAGCGCAAGAGUUUAUUUUACCGGCGAAAAUAAGAAAUGCGGCGGAUGCGUCUGUUAUAAUUAGGAGGCAUUCUUCCAGUUCGUUUUCCAGCGCGUCUGGAAGUCCUAGAGUUAGUAUAGACUCACAGGAUAAAAUUGAUGUUGCCAAAGUCGAGGAAAGUGGGACUCAUAGUUUAAGAUCCACGAAGAGACGAAUUUCGCAAGAGGAAAAACCGAAUGCGAAGAAGAGUAAAAAGAAGGCUGUGCAGAAGAACGACCCGAUAGAUGUUAGCGAUACUGGGAAGGAUAAAGCGGCCUCUUCUGCACGUCCUAGUAAAAAGUUGAAUUCAAAGAAGCCAGAGAAGAAUUCUAGACAAGUCGAAACAGAUGAGACCAGCACUGGUUUUGGCAAAGUUGUCACGCGGUCGAACGGCGCAGCUACAGGAGAAGAUGAACUUUCUGCCUGCCUUGCAGCAGCCGCAAAUGCCCUGUCAGUAAUUAACUCAGGGAGUCGGUCUGCAAAUUCAACGGGAAACCGUAAGAAUAAAGCGAACAUUUUUAAGACGCUAGAAUCGGAUAUCGGCAAAACGAAAUCAGAUAUUCGAAGUCAAUUCAGCAAUAAGGAAAUAAAUGUACGUCGACACGGGAAUCUGGUGCAAUUAAUAUUAACACCGUCGGCUACGACGAAAACAAGAAAUGCUCUCACACUUCCGGUAAUGCAAGAAUUUCGUGAGGCGUUAUCAAUCCUGAAGAAAGACGACGAUUGUAGGGUAGUCCUGCUAACGUCAACGGGCAGUAGUUUUUGCGAGGGUCUCGAACUAUCUCCGUUGCUACAAGUGAACAAGGAAGAACGAAGGAAUCAAGCAGAACAAUUGGCGGACGCGGUUAAAGAUUUUAUUAAAUGUUUGGCGUCGUUUAACAAACCCAUCGUCGCUGGCGUUCAGGGUUCUGCAGUCGGGCUUGGAGUAACAAUGCUACCUUUGUUUGAUCUUGUAAUAGCUAGCGACAAAGCUACGUUUAACACUCCCUAUGGAAAAUUAGGACAGAUCGCUGAAGGUGCUGCUGUUUUUACUUUGUCGCAUAUAUUAGGAAGUGCAAUUACGAGUGAAUUACUAAUAGGUGGCAGAACUUUAACUGCUAGCGAAGCUCUAAGAGCUGGUCUCGUUACUCGUGUCCUUUGGCCCGACAGAUUUCAAGUCGAAUUGUUACCGAGUCUAAAAGCUAUGAGCGAACAGUCCUCGCAGUCUAUGGAAGCGACGAAGACGUUGCUGCGCCACAGCCUGCGUAAAAAAUUGGACGCGGCAUUAGAGUCGGAAACGUAUCUGUUGAUCCAGCAUUGGUGUUCUGCGGAGUGUCAGACCGCCAUAAAGGCUUACAUCGAUGGGAAGAUCCAGUAAAACUAUAAAAACGGUAAUAACUACGUUUUUUCUGUACUAACACUAUAGUGGGAAUGCAAACAAGAAUAUCAAGCAUGAACGAAAGUCUCUUUGAUGAAAAAUUACAACCCAGCAAUGAUAUCGAUCUUUUUAAUACAUAUAACAACUUGCAAAUUGUAAAUACAUUUGUCGUUUGUUACAUAUAAUUUGUAUAAUAUAGUGUUGUACAAUACAUUGUCUGCUUUAAGAAAAGAAAAACACAUCGUUUUUAAAGUUAGUUUUCACAUUUGUCGCAUAUCAAGAUGAACACCGUACUAAAGAUACAAUUAUAUAUGUGCUACAGAUACCCAACUGAUUAGAAUCGGAGUACUAACAUCGUGUUGCGACGCAACUGUCUGUAUCGUAAAUUGGAUGUGUGGAUUAAUAAUUAAUGUAUGAGGUACGUCAAAAAGAAAAGUCACAAUAUUGGUGUACCAUUUUACAUCAAUCAACGCACGACUAUUUUCAAUUAACUUGUAGGAUCAGAAUUGUUCAGAUGGACUAUUUUAAUAUUAGGUGAUUUAUUUAGAUGUAUAGAUUUAAGUAUGUGCGCGCACGACCGCGCGAGACGAGAUGUCUCGCGUUAUUAUUUUAAAUAAUUCUUAAAUUGUGCUUUGUAUAAAAAUAUAUAAAAUUUGUAUAUGCAUAAUUUGAUACAGAAUCGAAACGAAGAAGAGGAUAAACGACUUCCCGGUCGUUUAUUUUAAAUCGUGGCAUAAUUGCAUUAUUUGAAAGAGUAUAUACGCUCCGCAUCUCGUCUCGCGUGUAUAUAAAUAUAAACUUUCCAUAGCAUACCAUAAUUGUAUAGAGUAUAAUAAAGACUCGACCAUUGUAAACAUUGGAGUGGAUUUGUGUUCUUUGCACAGACGUCGGGAAACUUUGAACAGAACGUGAUUAUUUCGAUUACACUCUCGAAAUUGAUCUACGAUUAUUUUAUACACUUAAUGCGAAUUUGUGCCUUGGUCAAUUUAUAAAAAGAAAAAGAAAGAUGAGUGAAAAUAGGCGUAGUGGAGAAAAUAUUUGUAUAAUUACACGCUGAGAAAAGUACAAGAAUAAUUGACUGAUUGAUUAAAAUUAGGAUAUGCCAAAUUGUUUUCAGCUAAUUCUACUAUCUUUUCGUUGAUAUAAACGCGUAUAAUGCAUCACUGUAAUUUGUUUAAAAGAAUAGUCUACAUCGAUUACUUGUAGUACCAUUCGUGUAUGUACUUGAAAUAACGAAAUUCUAUGGAUAAGUGUGUUAUAUGUACAGAACUUAAAAUUUGAUCGUGCAUUUACAUUGGAUAUAUUUUAAUGAGAUUAGAAUGUAUAUGAUACAUAUUUUAUCGUGAUCGAUCGAAUCGUGAUUAAAAAGGUAUGAAGGUAUUUUAAAAGUAUGCAUAUUUAUGAUAGGAUAGUAAAGUGUAUUGGAACAAGGUGAAGCUGUGAGCCUUUAACACGUUUCGUGCCAUUUAUGGUACAUGUUACACUUGACCUUCAGGCCACGUGUACCAUAAAUGGUACACGUAAGAAUAUUUAUUUAAUGCGCGAAACAUCAAACGGCCUGAAUGACAAGACGGGCAAAAACGACUUUGCACGGGACGUGUUAAGGACUAUAGAAAGGGCCAUGAAAUAAGACUCAAGGCAACAUUGAGAAAUUUCAUUGAAUACUGUUCAAAAACACGGAGUACGUUGUAAAGAAUACAGUCGCUCUUGUACAAAUGUUACACAUGUAAGAAUAAGCCAUUCUAAAACAUAUUGUAUUAUCAUUGAAUAUAAAGCCCAUAUACAAAUAUAAAGGAAAUAUUCACAAGCCAA